CCCCACCACACAUCUAGCAACGUGAACUGCGCUUGAUCCCAUAGCUGACAGAGAUCGGAUACAAAGUCACAGGGCGUUGCGACAAUGGUGUGCGACACCUUAUCGCUGGAUCCGAGGUUGCGGACAUUUCCGGUCGAACGAGCCGCUGUUGACUGACGACCGACGACUGAAGAUUGAAGAUUGAAGAUUGAAGCCUAGGUAUGAAGCUUUGUAAAGAGGUAGGCAUACCGGUGCACUGUGGUCGUCGUCUUGAAGUUUAGCAGCAGUGCCCCUUGGGCAUCUGUCCGCCCAUCGUCCCCGUUUUCCGCACAAGACGGGCGCUCCCACCCCUCACAUGCACACCACAGUCCUACAACAGCAAACAUAGCAAGCCAGACGGACGUCUGAGGUUACUCCCGUCUUGCCAGACCAGAGUCCUUCCUCGAAUCGUCCCGCCCCGUCCACAGGCGCAUACAUCUAAGCAAGGCCCGCUGCUUGCGAAGAUGCCUCUCCCACACCGCAGUCCCAUGUCCUCAUACUGGCUCUCCUCCCACUCGUACCCCUCCGAGACUGAUCUGUCCACACACCGCACUACACCCGAACUGCCUGCCGAAGUCGACGUGGCAAUUAUCGGGAGUGGCUUUUCGGGAGCCGCGACGGCGUAUUACAUUCUCAAAGGAGACUCGUCGUCGUGGUCGUCCUCAUCCACGUCCACGUCCACGUCGGCCGCCUACAGUAAAGAAGGCGAUACAGUUCCAGCUAAAGCUGUAGCUACGCCCAAGGUGUUGAUUCUGGAGGCGCGAGAAGCCUGCUCCGGCGCCACGGGACGCAAUGGCGGCCACGUCAAGCCGGACUUGUAUUUCAAUGCGGCGCUGUACUCGAAGCAAUACGGGCCGAAGGUCGCGCAGGAGUUGACAAAGUUCGAAACGAGGCAGGUGUUUGACAUCAAGAGGCUCGUGGAGAGCGAGCGGAUCGAGUGCGACUUUGAACUUACCCGGACGAUCGACGUGUACACGGAUGAGCGCGUAGCGGGGCCCGUGGUCGAAGGGUACAAGAGGAUGAAGAGCGAGGGAUAUGAGUUUCUGGACGAUCUGCAUUUCAUACCCGGAGAGCGGGGGCGGGCGGAGCAAGUGUCGGGCGUGAAGGGGGCGUUGUGCGCGUUUAGUUUUACGGCGGCCAGCGUGUGGCCGUGGAAAAUGGUCAUGGGCUUGUUGAGCAGGGUGUUGGAGAUGGGUGGGAAUUUGCAGACGAAUACGCCGGUUUUGGGCAUAGAGAAGGAGAAGGAGAAGGAGGAAGAGCAAGUAGAGGAUGAUACGGGGAGAUGGGUGUUGCGCACGGAGAGAGGAGAGGUCAGGGCAAAGAAAGUGGUCGUCACGACGAACGCGUAUACGGCGCAAUUGUUGAACGAGUUCGAAGGGAAAAUCACGCCGGCACGGGGCGUGGCGUGUAGGAUUGCAACGCCUCCCCCGGGCGAGGGAAAGGGUGAGGGCGUGGCUGAGGGUGAGGGUGUUGCAAGGGUGCCGCCGCAUCUGAACAACACUUACAGUAUCCGGUUCGGGCCCCAGGAGUACGAUUACCUGAUCUCCCGCACGGACGGGAGUAUCGUGGUCGGCGGGGCGAAGCAGAAAGUCCUGCUGGACGAUGCGUACUGGCGGAAUAAUACGGAUGAUUCGCAGCUCAUCCCCGGCGCGAGGGACUACUUUGACGGGUAUAUGCAGAGGCUGUUCCAUGGGUGGGAGGGCACCGGGGCGAAGGUCACGGAUAUCUGGACGGGCGUCAUGGGGUAUAGUGCGGAUCUGAUGCCGUGGGUUGGCGAGGUGCCGGGCAGGGAAGGGUUGUUUGUGAGUGCUGGGUUCACGGGGCAUGGGAUGCCGAGGAUCCUGGGAUGUGCUGAGGCUGUUGCUGGGUUGGUGCGUGGUCAUCAUGGCAAAGGGAUGCACGCCACAAAAGUGCCCAGGCCGUAUUGGGUGACUAAGGAGAGGUUAGAGGAGAAGAGGGAUAUUAGCCGUGAGUAUAUGGCGGGUGGGAGGGCGAAGGAGGGUACUAGUAAAUUAUGA